GCUUCAUUGGAAACACAGGAUACAUAAAUUUGGAUGCAGGCUGUUAAUUAGGGUUGUGCAAAUGUAGUUGGUAUUUGAGGUGAUCCAGCUCCAAAUUAAGUCACAUAUAAUUUGGAAAUUUUGUUCCAUUCAAAGAACAAAGCAGAGCUGUUUUGUUUCAUGCUGAAAAUGAAAUUUGUUCUAGGCAGAAAUAGCUUGGCAGGUGUGUUUGUGACUGCAGGAAUGGGAAAAAGCCAAGAACAUUAGUGGUAGUGACAGAGAAGCUGGAGAGGAAGAAGGAAGGGAAGAUUCUGGUGAAGAUGAAGGGAUCAGGUGGGUUGAUGGGAGAUUUCACGCUGAGAUGGAAAUUGAAGGAAAGGAACCAUAAGAAACUCAGGAAUCAGAUGGUGGUAGGAUAUAUUGUCUUAAAAAUAACUUCAUCUGGAAUCCAGGAUCACCAAAACAUUCUGGGUUUAGUUUCUGCUGAAUUCCAGAUUCAGACCAAAUAUAUAUUUUCUGUUUUGUUAGACUCCUUCUGGGAGUCUAACUGAGAUCAUGAUGAGCAAGGAAUGUCUCAAAAUUUAGCUAACAAAGUAAAAAGUUUUUUUUUUAAAGAGACCAAUUCUUUGUUUUCUGAUAAAAAUGCUGUUUCUUCCUUUCCUUAAAAAUUAGGUAUUGGCACUUUCUGAUCCUUUGCCCCCAGUGGAUCAGCAGAUACCUCCUGGUCCACAGCCAAACCCGACAAAACGCAGAAGCAAGCAUCGCUGUUCGUCUCCACCACCACCCCAUGAAUUCAGGGCCUAUCAAUUAUAUACUCUGUACCGUGGAAAGAAUGGGAAAAUCAUGCAGGCACCUAUAAAUGGAUGUCGUUGUGAGCCACUAAUACAUAAAGUAGAGAACCAGCUGGUAGCUGCUAUGGAAGAAAUAAAAGCUGAGUUAGUAGCAGUGCAAGAUAAGAUGAACAGCAAAUUAGGACAGAUGGAAAAUAAAACACAACAUCAGCUCCGUGUUUUAGACAAAUUAAUGGCAGAGAGACUGUCAGCAGAAAGGGUGGAGUGUCUUCAGCGUCUUCAGCACACAGAGUUGGAAAGAAAUGAAGGGGAGAAACGCCAGGUAGGUUACUUGCAUUUGUUGAAAUGAACACGCAGUAAGGUUGUGCAGCUUUAGGGAUGAGGA